ACGCCCCACCAGCUCAAACACACCACUGCAAAACUCUGCAUCCCUUCCAUUAUCAAAAGCAGUGAAAUAUAGCCGUUUUUUAUCCCUUUCUUCUCUCUCUCUCUCUCUCUCUCUCUCUCUCUCUCGCUCUUCACUUUCUUCCAUUUCUCAACGCAUUUCUCCACUGAUAAUGUAAAACAGAGGUUUUUCCAGUGAAGUUUUUCAGCUCUUAAUUCGCGUUUCCUUCAUUCACACAAGAUUCGUUUUAGAAUGAUGGCUUCUUUUGGUUACUUAUCUCUCUUCCUCCUUCCAUUUUGCCUGUUUCUUACCUUCUCAUCCGCCGCAGAUCCGUUCGCUUUCUUUGAUUUUGAAGUCUCCUACAUCACUGCUUCUCCUCUGGGUGUCCCUCAACAGGUUAUUGCUAUUAAUGGGGAGUUUCCUGGUCCUACUGUCAAUGUGACUACUAAUAACAAUGUUGUUAUCAAUGUCCGGAACAAGUUGGAUGAGAGCAUGCUCAUGCAUUGGUCUGGAGUUCAACAACGGCGAAGUUCGUGGCAAGAUGGAGUUCCAGGAACAAAUUGUCCAAUUCCUCCCAAGUGGAACUGGACUUACCAGUUUCAAGUUAAGGAUCAGAUAGGGAGCUUCUUUUACUUUCCAUCACUCCAUUUCCAGAGAGCGUCGGGUGGAUUUGGUGGCAUUAUUAUUAACAAUAGGGAUGUAAUCCCCAUUCCUUUUUCAACCCCAGAUGGAGACAUUACAAUUUUGAUGGGCGAUUGGUACACACGGAAUCACACGGCUCUGAGAAAAUCCCUUGAUGACGGGAAGGAUCUUGGAAUGCCACAUGGUGUUCUUAUUAAUGGCAAAGGCCCCUACAGAUAUAAUGACACGCUAGUCCCUGAUGGUAUUGACCAUGAAACAAUUGAAGUUCAUCCAGGAAAAACAUAUCGGAUUCGUGUACACAAUGUUGGAAUAUCUACUAGUCUGAAUUUCAGGAUCCAAAACCACAAUCUUCUUUUAGCUGAAACAGAGGGGUCAUAUACAGUGCAACAGAAUUAUACUAGCUUAGACAUACAUGUAGGACAGUCGUAUUCUUUUUUGGUCACCAUGGAUCAGAAUGCGAGCACUGAUUAUUACAUUGUAGCUAGUGCUCGGUUUGUCAACGAAUCACUUUGGAAAAGAGUUACAGGAGUUGCUAUCUUGCAUUACUCUAAUUCCAAAGGAAAGGCAGCUGGCCCUCUUCCAGAAGCACCAAAGGAUGAGUUUGACAAAACUUUCUCAAUGAACCAGGCAAGAUCAAUCAGAUGGAAUGUAUCCGCUAGUGGUGCUCGUCCCAAUCCACAAGGAUCAUUCAGAUAUGGUUCAAUCAAUGUAACUGAUGUUUAUGUCUUGAAAAAUAAGCCUCCUGUAUCGAUCAAUGGUAAAAUGCGAACAACGUUAAGUGGAAUCUCAUUUGUUAAUCCGUCUACACCAAUCAGAUUGGCUGACCAAUUCAAGUUAAAGGGUGUUUAUAAGCUCGACUUCCCCACUAGGCCGCUUACAGGACCACCAAAGGCAGAGACAUCAGUGAUUAAUGGAACAUAUAGAGGGUUUAUGGAGGUUAUACUGCAGAAUAAUGACACCAAGAUGCAGAGCUAUCACAUGAAUGGAUAUGCCUUCUUUGUCGUGGGGAUGGACUAUGGCGAGUGGAGCGAGAAUAGCAGAGGUACAUACAAUAAAUGGGAUGGAAUCGCUCGCUCGACAAUUCAGGUUUAUCCUGGAGCAUGGACUGCCAUCUUGGUAUCUCUUGAUAACGUGGGAAUAUGGAACAUCAGAACAGAGAAUCUCGACUCGUGGUAUCUUGGGCAAGAGACAUAUGUUCGGGUUGUCAAUCCUGAAGCUACUAACAAAACAGAACUGCCUAUGCCAGACAAUGCUCUCUUUUGUGGCCAGCUUGGUAAAUUACAAAAGCCUCAAGAUAUCUCUUCUGCAACUUCAAUCACUGGCGAUAGAUUGAAGAUGUUAUUCACUCUGCUGAUGAUCAUCUCCACUGUAAUCUGUGCUUUGCAGUAAGCACCGUUGCUCUAUGGCUGCUCGUGUUAUGUAAGUUGUCAAAAAUGUCGGGCGUCUCAGUAAGGUUUGUGGUUGAGUGUGUAGGUGGUCUGUGUAAGUCUUGUGGAUACCCAAUUUUUCAUGAUUUUUGCAUAGCAUUUUUUUUCCAACAUGCUGCAAGCUGUAGAAGAUGUAUCUUUGGUUUUCAUAGUUCAUUAGAUUUGGAUUAAUCAUUCUUUUAAUUCUCGAGUCAUGAUACACCAACUGUCCCAUUAACGAUUCAUCGAUGUUCAAUUCAACUGCUUUCUCACGUGUUGUUUAUCA